CAUUAAUAAAAAUAAUUAAUCAUAUAACAUGUAUAAUAACUUAAAAAUAUUUUUAAUUUUACUAUUAUAUUAUUAUUUCGUAAACUUUACAAAUGCUUCAAUUAAAAGCAAUUCCGUGGACACGAUAAAAAAGUCUCUCGAAGAACACCAAGGACAUUUGUUAGUGAAAAAAAGCAAAACCAAGAGUGUACCAUUGAAAAUAGCGAAUGUAACAAAAAUAAAUUUUGUUCGUCCAAAAUUGAAAAAGAAAAAGACUGAAGCGAAAAUAAUUACACUGGAACGAGUACGGAGUUGGGCAAAGGCAAUAUCAGAUAAGCUUUUCGAAAAUGAAAAGCAGUUUGUUCGAAGAGAUAUCCUUUUAAAAGCAUUUGCUGAUAUGAAGACUGAAGUCCGUAACGGGACAGCGAUUGUGGAAAAAACAAGCAAUGUCUUGACCGAAUUAUUAGAACGACGUGGUCAAGCUGCUGAAACAAUCAUGCGGAAAGCGGAAGAAUUAGCUGAAAAUAAAACUCCUCCUCCCUCUAAUUACACCUUUAUAAAGAGCGAUGACAUAGAUAUUUUAAAAAGAGAGGAGAAACAAGAGAAAGAUUUGGAGCUUCCUUUGAAUUGCAGCAGUUUGAACAAAGUGAAACUUACGAGUAGCGUACACUUUGAUGCGAAUGUUUCUUUAGAGUACACCAGCGUUUACGUCGCUAUAGAAGUGUUUCAAUGUGAUCCUCGGGUACUUGAGCAUGUUCAUUGGACAGAAGGACUACUGGAUACUUUUAGAGAAAAUUACGCCCAAGAUGCCACACUUGACUUUCAAUACAUGUGUAGUGCUAAAGGUUUCCUACGACACUACCCUGCGGCGUUAUGGCAAAAUAUGUUUAAACUGAAAACUGAUGGCGAAAAUCUAUACGACUGUAGACUACGUCCAUGGUACGUGAGUGCUAGUGGCGCCCCCCGAGACGUGCUAAUCCUUCUCGACGCAUCUGGUUCCAUGAACUCCUCAAACUUGGUUAUCGCUGAACAGUUCACACUUGCACUACUCAGUGCUUUGACAGAUGACGAUCAAGUCAAUGUUCUUCGUUUCAAUGUUGUGGUGGAAUCGCCCAUUCCAUGUUUUAACGAAAAACUGGUACCGGCGAACCACGUGAAUUCUGCCGCAAUGAUGGCCGCGCUAAAGCAUCAGAAGGCGGUCAAUGAAACGAAAAUGGACAACGUCCUGACAUACUCGGUGCACUUGCUGAAUAAACAGCGUAAGGCCAAAGACACGCCAACAUCCUGCCAACAAGCUAUUGUGAUGUUAACAGACAGCUUAUAUGAGAACUACACAGAACUAAUGCACCGACUCGACCCAGACGGCAGCAUAAGACUUUUCGUCCUGUGGCUUCACGAUCGCUAUGGCGUGCGUGACAACACGCGGCUGCACGCGGGGGCGGCGGCGUGCGAGCGGGACGGGUACUUCGCGGAGCUCGUCACGGACUCCGACGUCACGGAGCAGGUCAUGAGCAUCCUGCGGGUCAUGGAGCGCCCGCUCGUGGCGCAGCGCAGGCGUCGCCUGCGGGUGUACAGCGACGUCUAUGCUAAUGUAGAGGACCCAAGAAGAAGCGAGUACUACUGGCAACAGAAAGAAAACGCUGAGCAAACCUUCCGUUAUGGAGAGUUGCGACGGAAUAAGGACAAGUUCCUUGCCACCGAGAAACUGUACGGUGACUACAUCCAUAUACGCCAGCUGGAUGACUAUGGCCACUAUUACGAGGGUGAAGAUGUAAACUACAGGCUUCAAAUAAGCGUUUCAGUUCCCGUCUUUGAUCACUCUACAUCUGAAAAUAUAACGAAAGUCCUGGAAGAGGAAAAACAGAGGAAUUCAACAAGAACGUAUCCCGUUAACAGAUUGCUGGGAGUAGCGGGAGUUGACAUACCCAUAGACCAUCUCAAGCUCAUCCUUCCCUAUUACCUGCUCGGUGCUGGGGGUUCGCUGUUUAUUGUGGAUCAUAGAGGCAACAUUGUCAUACAUGAUAACGCCAAAGUUGUGUUUGAUGGGGAUAUAUUAAAGCCGGGGUACCGGACAAUCGACUUUUUAGAUGUAGAGCAGCCUGCUGCCGAUCAUUUGCCGCGUGAUUAUCCCGAAGAGUGGUUCGAGUUCCGAAAAGAGUUGGUGGUCGAUCAACCCAGUGGACACAGGACGAUGGAAACUAAGAGCGUCUUCGAGAAUGGUAUGCGAGCGAUCUUAGAGAAAAAAGACUAUUAUUGGAAGAGAGUUAUGAACCACUACACGGUGGUAGCGGUUCUCCCGAAAUAUAACACGAGACACGCUGUACCCGACGCCGCCUUCACACAACAGCUAGCUAAGGAGACCUUCAAGAUAUUGCACGACACUGAGUUUUCUGUACAUCCCGAAUGGUUGUACUGUCAAUACGUCGAUCCCCAUUUCGAGACAAAGAAAGAUGAAAUAAUACACUUCAUCAAACGAAGACGAGACGAAGCGAAUUUCGCUAUGAGGAAGAUAAAGCAUCUAUUUACACCGAUCACGCCAUCGCUUCUGGAAAAAACUUACCAAUGUAAUGAGGACUUAAUGGCCCGUCUAUGCAAGGAGAUCAUAGCCACUGGUCCGUGGAUGGAGGUGGACAUCAUCGACGGAGAACAUUCGCUGGGCUCCAUUACGACAUUCUUUGCUAGUGAAAGCGGCUUAAUGAGAUGGGCGGUGCACCGCGCGACGAGCGCCCACGCGGAGCCCCCGUCGGGAGGCGCGUGGGCGCGCGGGCCGGCCGAGGCGUGGUACCGCCGCGCCGCCGCCGCGCCCGGCGCGCUGCUCGUGCACGCGCCCGUCGCGCCCGCGCGCGUCUACCGGAACAGCUUCCUGCCGCCGCCCCCGCUCGGUCAGCGAUACCAGUGGCUCACGGCGGCUCGCACACUGGGGCAUCCCAACGCGGGUGUCUUUGGCGUCGCCGGCUACCACUUCUAUCCCAAACAUUUAGAGGACCUACUUAAUUCUGUUACCAAUUUACGAGUACUCGAUGAAUGCGAAGAGGAAGAUGAAGAUGAUUGCGAAGCCCGUUGCGAUGGCAAGGACUGGUCCUGUGUUCUCAUCGACGAAGGUGCCUGGAUAGUUUCCAACAUACGCGAGGACGACAAGGAAGAAGAGGAUGAGCAGCUGAGAGAACAUCUAGCUAACUCGUACCCCGCAGCGAUGGCAGCGCUGCUUAAUGCUAAUAUAUUUAAAUUGCGCUGGAUACACGAUUAUCAGGGUGUUUGUUUUCCGCCUAAGAAUGAAAAGAUAUAUUCAGGAGCUCCAUCGCUACCUUCACUAAUGCGAUCAGUUUGGCAUUCUGUAAAGAUGUUAAUACGCGCAAGUGAACAUGUUCUCACAGUUUUAACAUUACUGUACUCCAGUACACUCGUAAAUAGUGACACAGAAGCGGAAAAAGAAAAGCGCCGCAAACGUCUGCGACGCGACUACGAGCGCGAGAAGUACGAGCGGCUCUACGACAAACGCGUGCUCGUCAACAGGACGCGCUUCACCGCCUGCGACCGCUCGCGCGCGCUCUACGAACUGCAGCGCACUCCAAAAGCAAUGGAAGCUUUAAAAAGGACUCCUCACUUGUGCAAGUGGCCACUAGUCGGCGCAGAAGUUCCGAAUACCAACUUGCUUCUCCUGGCGAUCUACAACGGAUGUCAACACUCCGGAAAACCCGUUAACGAUCCAUUUACCAAUGAACCGGUGCCGCUGUCGGAGCUGUCGGAGCCGUCGGCGGCGGCGCGCGGCACGGCGGCGGCGCGGCUGGCGUGUCGGCGCACGCGCGUGCCGCUGCCCGCGCGCGCGCCGCACACGCGCUGCUUCCCGCACGACUUCGCCUACGAAAAAGGCUAUCGGCAAUGUGGUCCAUGGCUCCCAGAUCCCGACAGCGCUAGCAAUAUUCACUUAUCGAGCUCAUUGUCUCUGGCUAUGCUUUUUAAUUUUAUUUAUGGACUAACUGAAGAUAUCACGGGAUACAGAGACGAAUGA